GUCAAUUGUUUCUUUUACAAUCUUAUCUUCUAGGCCGUCCAAGUUUGGGUUGCUUCGGGGUUAGGCCCAGCCCAAAAAGAAGGAAAGCGAGCCUACAUUAAUCUCUAUAUGUAUCUCUCUCUCUCUCUCUCUCUGUAAAAUCAGUGGAGAAUUAAUGGCGGCGGCGGCAGCAGCAAGAGGGGUCCCGACAAGGUCGGAGGUGCUAUGGCUGUUCCGGUCUCUUCUACGCACGGCCCGGCAGUUCAGUGAUUACAACAUCAGGGAGUACACUAAGCGCCGAACCAUUGACGGGUUCCGCCUCAACCGGACCCUGUCCGACCCGGAUUCGAUCACCUCCGCCUUCUCCGACGGCAAGGCCCAGCUCGAGGUUGCGAAGAGACAGUCCAUCAUCUACUCCCUCUACGCCCCCAAGGUCAAGAGCAUCAUGGACCUCGAAUCAUGAAAACCCCCAUAAGUUAUGAUUCUAUCUUGUUGCAGCUCUCGAGGACAGUUGCCUUUUAAUUUAUUGUUGUAUUUAUGUAUUAAUUUAUGGGUUCUGACUUGGGAUUUAUGGAGGUUUAGGAAAUAACUGGAUUUUGAGUUUCGGUUAUUGCCAUGCUUUUUUUAGUAAGUAAUAAUUUCUAUGGUUUUUAUGGCCUUGAUAGCUUAA